CUCCCUGUGCCCCCUGACCCGGCCGCACCCCUCCGAAAAGCACCGUGCGGUCCAUCUCUGCAGGCACUGGUGGGAGCCCGCGCUGCGCUUCGUGGACGCCGCGCAGACCGUGCCGUCCGUGUAGAGAACCCUGCGGGUGUGGGGAGCCUCGCUCGCCCUCCCAGGGGCGCCCGGGCCCUGCCUCCGCCGUCCUCGCGGACGAAUUUGUGCUGGCUCCGCGGCCAUGAAGGUGAAGAUUAAGUGCUGGAACGGCGUGGCCACUUGGCUCUGGGUGGCCAACGACGAGAACUGUGGCAUCUGCCGGAUGGCCUUUAAUGGCUGCUGCCCGGACUGCAAGGUGCCGGGCGACGACUGCCCCUUGGUGUGGGGCCAGUGCUCGCACUGUUUCCACAUGCACUGCAUCCUCAAGUGGCUGAACGCGCAGCAGGUGCAGCAGCACUGCCCCAUGUGCCGCCAGGAGUGGAAGUUCAAGGAGUGAGCCCCCCCCCGUCCCUGCCCGGGGCCGGCCGGCUGCGCGCUUCUCUGGCAACAGCCCCCUCCGGGCCGCGACACACCGACCCGACUCGACUGGAGCCACGUUUGUUUUCCUUCAAAUGGUGACACUUUUAUCCAAUAAGCAAAACUCAUUAAAUUACCCGAACCUUG